AUGCAAGUGGAUAGGUUAUGCAAGUCUCUGGCACGCCGAUGGCUGCUUAUCUGCGGUUUACUGGGCAUGACAAGUUAUUAUUAUAGCAGGAAACGUCAUCAAUUGGUACGUUCCACCUGGUUGAGGAUCUACAGUGGAUUAGCGCUCUGCUUCUCUAUAGGCGGCUAUUAUUUUUACUUUACCCAUGGCCAGAAAUACUUUAUACCAUCUUAUUUUCGGCACUUCGAAUUACUCAAUGUGAUUUGCACUAUUAAUAUGAGUCUGCAUUUGGUAGUUAUAGUCGCUCAAUCGGUUCAGCGUCUGACAAACGAGAAGGAAAUAUGUCGUCUGUGUAAUCAAUUGAUGUCACUCUGUCGGAUGUGGAAGCUAAAGCAUUCAUUCAAUUCCACCUGCAAAGUCCUGUUGCUGACCAAGGCAUUUACCUAUGUACAUCAAGUCACCAGUUCACUGGUUGGGAUACUCAUUGUGAUCGAGUCACGACGUCUCACACGGAUGGACAUUUUCUGCAAUUUAUAUUAUAUCUUCAAUUUCAAUAUAAUGUUCUCUCACAUGUUGGCCUACAUGCUCAUACUGCUGCAAUUGGCCGAGACCAUGAGAUUGAAUGCUGCCGAUGGAAAUUUGCAAUUCUGGACUAAAUUGUGUCGGCAGGCGAAGCUGUCGCUUAUGACGCGCCGGAUUCAUCAGUUGUUUGCCCUCGAAAUAGUCAUCGUCCUGCUGGCACAUCUAUUUUUUAAUACAUGUACCUUCUACUUGGCCUAUAUGAUAACCAGAGAUGGUCAAUACUGGAAUAUCAAAGUGCAGCUAACAAUCUUCUCCUUUCUAAUUAAGUUGUUGGACAUUUUACUAAUUCAAUUAGUUUGUGAGUAUCUGUUAGCCGAGGAAAAGCAACUAUUUCGGCAGCUUAACUCCUUGGAAUUCCAAAUCGAUACAGGAGAGGUGGCCCAGCUAAUGCAUGCCACGGUCUCCUCGAAGUGUCCUCCUAAACAUGUCCUGGGCAUGUUUAGCCUGGACAAACGUUGCGCCUUCAAUAUCAUGAGCAGCAGCCUCGGUUAUGCCAUCCUAAUAAUGCAAAUUGGAUAUAUAUAUCGGGAGAUAUAA